GACCUCGUCUGUCCGGAGGCCACAGUCUGCAUGAGACAUCGUCUGUCCUUGUGGAAACUGUCAGCAAGUCCUCAGCGAUGGGAGGGGCCUUCGCCUCUUUACCCAAAUUCUCCUCAGACGCCAGUAAAGUCAUCUCCAGAGGCGCCGGCCUAUCGAAGGCCUUCGUAGGUCAGAAGAACACGUUCACAGUCGACUGCAGCAAAGCAGGAACCAACAUGUUGAUGGUGGGCGUUCACGGGCCGAAGACUCCCUGCGAGGAGGUGUACGUCAAACACAUGGGCAACAGGAUGUACAAUGUCACGUACACCGUCAAAGAACAAGGCAGCUACAUCCUCAUCGUCAAAUGGGGGGACGAGAAUGUCCCCGGCAGUCCUUUCCAUGUCACCGUCCCUUAAAACUGAACUCUUCAUCUCUCUGUCAGUCACUCCGCUGCAGCUCCUCAAACUCCUCUUCCUCAUGCACUGAAAGCUCAGAGUAUUCACUUCCUGUUAAAGCGGACAGUUUUCACGCUCUGUGCCAAAUCUUUCAUUUAUUUCAUUCUGUUUGUUGUGUCUCUGGAAACUCGCCGCCAGCAACAACAACAGUUUAUUUGUUGACAUUUAUGGAAAUGACACCAUAUCCUCAGUUACAGAUUUCUCUGGUGGCACGUCUGCAUUCAGUUCAGUUUUACAGCCAAACACAAUAUGAACAUAUUGACCAUGAACACAACCUGUGUAUCCUGAUUCUAAACUGCACUGUAGAAUUAACGUCUGUCUGAGCGUCAUCUCACCAACAUUAAUAGCAGUUCAACUUUAAACUCUGUUGAUUUGUGCUUUGAUAGUGGUGACCUUCAAAGGUAGGGAGAAUCACAGUCCGAACGUUAGUUAAUAUCAGAGGAUAUUAACUAUCAAGAAAUUAUCAUGUUAGCGCAAGAUACUACCUACUGCAAACAGGAUAAUAAAUUGUGCACAAAAAUAUCUUGUUUGCAGUAUAUCAAACUUAAAUCUAACCUAAUUAACGGUAUCUUGUAUAUGCAAGUUAGUACCUUCACUCAAGUUAGCAUCUUGUUUACACAAGUUUAAUAUGUUACAUCAGAGCCGAAGAUAAAAAAUAAAUAACCUCCAGGACUUAAUUUGAUCUUUAACUCAUUAAAUAUCAACCUUCCUCAGACUAAAUGAUUCAGAGUUCAGUGAAAGACAAUCUUCCUCUCAGGAUGAUGAAACCAUUCAGCAGAUCUUUUUACUAUCAGGAUUUCUUUGUGUAAAUUCUCCAGUUUUCUGAAAGUUUGAUGAUACAGCUAUUGUUAAAAUCAUCGUUUUAUAUCUGGUCUGGUCAAACCUGUGUUGUAACGGUGUCUUUCCACCAAGCUGCAGUCGAGAUUAUGGAGGACAAACUGUGCUGUGACUUUAUUUCAAGAAAAAAAACCUCUUUGCUUUUGAUUUUAUUUAUUCUUUUUGCCCUCAUUUUAUUUUCUUUGACAGAAAAUGGUCUUAUUGUUGAGAAAGAGCAGGUUGAUCUUCGUUCAUGAAUUAUGCGGAUGUGACGAUUUAAUUCUCUUUUUGUACCACAGGAAGAAAUGCGGUGAAACAAUCGGUUUAUUUUUUGAAUGUUUAAGAAACACAGGUGAUGUUGCAAUGACACAAUAUUACAGAGUGACAUUUUAUAGUGAUUUUGUAUGUAUCAAAAAUGAAUGAAUGAAAUGAAUUUUAACUGUUUGAUAUGUUAACCUUCAAUCUGGCAAGAUUGUGCAGGCAUAAUAAAAGCUUAUUCGCUAACUUGCCACAAAGAACCUCUGAUGGUCAUCUCCUUUCAUUGAUUGAAUGAAUCAGUGAUUCUCACUGCUGGAAGAAAGUGAAUAAGAUGCUGUUAUCCAUUCAAGCAAGCUAACGUUAGCUAACGUUAUCCAGCUAACAGCACAAUCAGACAAUAUGUUCCACAAGCUUUGCAGUAAUGUUAGCUUUGACUUUGAACUUGUGUCGGUCGUUUGUAGAUGUUAGUGUACUCCAUUGCAGUAAAAAGUACAAUAUCACUCUGUAUAAAGUAGCAUAAAAUGGAAAAACAAGUAAAUUACAAGUACUUCAAAUUGUACUUAAAUACAUUUAUUUACUUACUUUACUUAUGUAAAUGUUCUCUUCUCUUUUGGGAAAUUGUUCCCUUUUUUAUAAACUUUGCUCUCAC